ACUACAAAAUUUACAUAGUGUCCAUUGUGUUGUGGAUACAAUUGUUUGACUUCCAUAUAAGCUCAAGGAGUAGUUUGUCUUGUUUAAUUUGAUGUGUUGCGUUAGCGCUAGCUUUGAAGCUAAAUGCUAAAAACAGUUAGCUUUUUAAGGGGCGGCGUUGUCCGAAAUUGGACCUAAGAUUGGACCUUAGAUGUUGUUCUUCAUUCUUUGAAUCUAAAGGCGUUCAUUGAAUCUAAACGCUUAAACAAUACUACUAUUCGUAAAUUCCUAAAUGAGUGACGUCACAAUGAGGAGCCUGUCGUGGUGACGUCACCGCCAAGUGAAGGAGGAGGAGGAGGAGGAGGAGGAGGAAAUGAAUUCAACACACAAACACACACACACACACAGACUCACACACACACAAAGUGGCUGUCAGCGAGUCUUCCCACAUUCUCCUCUUAAACUGCGUCAUGCCCGGUCUCUUGCGCCCCCUGUUGGCCGCCUGCCUGCUAGUACAACUACUACCUGCCUCGUGGUGCAGGAUGCCUGAAUACAACAAUGGAUUCUACUACCAUGACGUCACCAAUGGCAACGGCAAUGGAGAGAUCUACUUCAACGGGGUGCGUCUGCACGUGGAGUCCCCGCAGCCGUCAGUGUCAGCCACCAGAGGGAGCAGCGUCACGCUCCCGUGCCACUUCCACUACGUGCCUGAGCUCAGCGCCCCCCGCAGGACACGGGUCAAGUGGUCAUGGUUGCCCGCCCAUGGCGCCUCCAUCGCUUCCCCGGCUAUUGCCGCCGCCUUCGCCAUGGAGACGGAGGUGAUGGUUGCCAUGGGCAACCGUCACCGCAGCUACGGCAGCUUCCGCGGCCGCGUGCGGCUGCGACGCUCGGCGCCAGGCGACAUGUCACUUGUCAUCAAUGAGCUGCGCCUCAACGACACGGGACGGUACCGAUGUGAGGUGAUUGACGGAUUGGAGGAUGAGAGCGUCACCGUGGAGCUGGAGCUGCGAGGAAGGUUGACGAUUGGAGUGGUGUUUCCCUACUUCUCAGACAAAGGACGCUACCAGUUCAACUUCCUGGAGGCACAGCAGGCAUGCCAGGACCAGGACGCCACGUUGGCCACCUUUGAGCAGCUGUUCACAGCGUGGGACGAGGGCCUGGACUGGUGCAACGCCGGCUGGUUGGCCGACGGCACCGUGCAGUAUCCCAUCACUACGCCACGCGACGGUUGCGGGGGCUCGGACCUGGAGCCCGGUGUGCGCAGCUACGGUCCACGCCACCGCCUCCUGCACCGCUUUGAUGCCUUCUGUUUCUCCGCCUCUGUCAAAGGGACGGUCUACUUCCUGCAGAACCCAUCCAAGCUCAACUUUACAGAGGCGGUCCAGGCUUGCACCAAAGCCUCCAGUCACAUGGCCAAAGUGGGCCAACUGUACGCCGCCUGGAGGCUCACGGGAAUGGACCGCUGCGACGCCGGGUGGUUGGCUGAUGGCAGCGUGCGCUACCCCAUCACCAAGCCGCGGGCUAACUGCGGACCACCUGAACCUGGGGUGCGGAGCUUUGGGUUCCCCCCACGGCACCAGAAGUUUGGUGUCUACUGUUAUCGGUAGAGGCUCUGUUAGCGUUAGCUUUAGCCUGCUGUCAAAUGGGCUUUAUUGGCUCCAUUGCUCUCCUCAUCCACCUACAACUUUCUGUGACCAUUCAGUAACCACCCUUUUCCAGUGCACGGUACCAGUUUGACAUGAUUCACCUCAGUUUGGGCUGAAAUAGCCACUCGAAGCUGUGAAAAAAAGGAGGCAUGCUAACAAAUAACAACGGAAGAGGACAUUUUAUCCACGAGGAGACAGCACCAAAGUGGAGCGCUGCAGCUGAGUGGAGACUGUGGAGUAAGCUAAUGUUAGCAUGUGUUUCUGUCCUCAAAUGUUUGCAAGUACAAGAAAUAGUACUAGUAGUAGUACCAGUAGUGAGUAGAGCCGGGUGCCAUGCGCUGGAAAAGGGUAUUAGACCACCAUAGGGCAAAAUGAACUUUCACUUCCUGAAGUGAGAAGGGACAUUACAGUAGUGCUGUACUACAAGCUAAGGAUUUAUGCCAGUAUGACAGAAGUACAUGAAAAGUACAUAUUGGAAGUGUACGUCUAUAAAGGGCUCCUACCAACAAUGUAUGCCAUUGUCCUUGUUUAUGUGUCCAAUGCGAGACCACGCAUGUUUUUUUAUACACUAUACAGUAAAUGUAUGUCUGUGCAUUUUUUAAAAUCAUUUUAUACAAGUCAAUAAAAUUGCUGCUGUUCAUGUACAUUUGUUUUUUUUCCAAUGAAAAUUUAAAGCUCAUAAUGCCGCUGAUGCCAGAGAACGAAAAGUGAGAGUCGGCAAGAAGUUGGUACAAAAAGAACACUCAGGCUUAUAUAUAUAUAUGUAU